AUGCUCCAGCCGACCACCAGCGACAGAACCACCCCGGCCCCCCAGACUCGUUCGAACCAAGCAGCUACUGCUGUUUCGUCCUCCUCGCUGGCCGAUGCUCAUUCGCACCUUGCCUCUCGCAAACCAGGCCACCCUUUGCUGAGCAAUAAUUUAAUUCCUCGGGACUACUUGAGCUCUCCGUCCAGCUCCAAGUCGAAUUCACAUCAGAGUGGCAAGGCUGCGCAGAACUAUGAUUUGCAUGGGUUAAGGUCGGCAUCUGAUGUUUCUGAGAAAGGUCCUGCCGCACACGUACAGCAGGGCGAGGCUGGCCUGACGGGGAAGCACGACGUAAGAAGCACCAUACGCCGUGAGGACCUCGCGCCCAACAUAGAGGAGUCGCAAUCUGGACAAUCGAGUCGUAAUACUGAAGAGCAAGCAGCCAACCUUCUCUCCGAGUCUCCCAAGUCUUACGCGUCGUCUUGGACGAGCGUGCUUCCUCCCACUAGCAUGCCGCGGACCUCUUCCAUCGAUUCCGCCAUUUCGAGCAUUUCCAAUGCUUCCCACCCACAGAAGCAGGCCGGGGAGGUGAAGGAUCCAAGUCGAGAAGAAGUACAGCGUCUCAUUGCCACAGUCGGCAGUGCGGAGAACCUGGUUCAACACCUGCUCAGAGACAAAAGCCAUGCUGCGGCCCAGAAUGCGCAGCUCUGGAAACUUGUCGAUAAGCAGAGGGCUCUGUUGCUUGGUUUAAACAAGGAUCUUGAGCGCUUGACAAAGGAGAGAGAUCGGUACCGGAGAAAGGCCAAAGAUUUGCAGGCCCUCCCGUCGUCUGGGCCUAUAGAUCCUGAGCGCAUCGAAGAUGGUCACUCGCUCCAACCUGACGGAGAUACCUCACUCGUAUCUCAGGAAAAUGAACCUGCGGACGGGUCAGGCCUGGGAUCGAGCGUCGAGCAACAGACGUUGGGCAAUUUGUCAGAUACUCAAUCGAGGAGCUCCCCUGUUGACCCUACGAUGAUACCAUCACCACUACAUCUAGAAACAGCACCUCGAUUAGAGAACAUUUCGACACACCUAGCGCAGCCCACUUUCUCAGUGACCCAGGCGACUCCGUUGGCAGAGAAACCUCCCAAAUCUUUUCAGGCCUCGAGAAAGGCACCACCCAGACCUCUCGACCUACGCCAGACAAAGGACGGCAAAUCCAACAGUCAAGUCAUUGUCCCAGAUGAAAUGGUGAUCAGCGACGCCGAUGACGAUGAGGAAGAUCGACAACCUAGCCUGCGAGGUAGACGGAAGACACGAGAAGAAGAUGAGGUUGACCGGGAAUUACUCGUCCUGAAGGAACGAGAGGCGAGAAGUCGUUCGAAAAAGGACAAGAAGUAUAAGCAUGAACCAACAGACGCCGAUCUUCAACACAAGUCUCCUGGACCUCAAUCAAGUUUGCCUCCAACGCAAACGUACAAAUCGCAGGAUCAUUUAUCCCCCUCUUCGACGUUGUCUCAGGGAUCUUCGGCUCAGUUGUCACUCCCAUUGCGCAGCCCUGGUCUUCCCAUGAGUCCGCGUCCCCUCGCCAACAACCUUGCUAGCAACCUCGCCGGGGCUUCACUCCCAAUGUCCCCUCGUGUUCCCGGCGGAAACUUUCCUCUCUCACCACGAGCACCAAAACAACCUUUACCUAUGCCGACCACACCUGGCCAACAAGCACCUGCUCCAGAUACGCAACAGGCAGUCGAACCUUUACCUCUUCCCAAGAUGAACACCAACAGCACCGGCAUCGAUUCAGAUCGGGGUCAGAUUCGCGACUCUCCCCUCAGUCCAAGUGACAUCCCACCAGUUGAUCGGAGACUUGUCAGUCCCACAUGGCCUGACCUUCUCCUUCCCCCAAAUGCUCUGCCUUCGAUCCAAGUAAAAGUGGCAUCUUCUCGAUUACGACCUUCCAGGAACAGCAUACUCGCACUGAAGCCACAGGAGGACACUUCGGUUUUUAGUCUAUCGAUCUUUGAGCGUGCCACUGCAUCUGAACUCUGGCGAGUUCAGAAGGUCCCUGCUUCACUGCCAAGUCUUGAACAACAGCUGUGGAGUCGAUGUGCCGAUCUACCCAGAUUGCCAGAUCGGAAGCUGUUCUCGGGUCAUUCUCCAGCUGUGGUAGAUGCACGAAGAAUUUCAAUCGAAUCCUAUUUCGAGGACCUGUUGGAUACCCCCAUGGAUGAACAAGCUGCUGCCACGAUAUGUCGAUUCUUAUCAACCGAUGUUAUAGAACCUCGACCUCGCAACCCCGUUCAGAAUGGUGAAUUCGAUCAUGACAAAACGGUUCCAGCAAUGCAAGAGAGUGGUGUCCCGACCAAAUCCGGAUACUUGACGAAGAAAGGCAAGAACUUCGGAGGCUGGAAGUCAAGGUACUUCGUUCUGAGCAGCCCGGAAUUGAGGUACUUUGAAGCUCCUGGCGGUGCGCAUCUCGGGACCAUUAAGUUGUUGAAUGCCCGCAUUGGCCGGCAAAGCCAGACUGAUCAUACGGAGGUCGACGCGGAAAAUCAGUAUCGCCACGCUUUCCUCAUUCUAGAGCCGAAACGGAAGGAUCAGAAUAGCCAUGUCCGUCACGUCCUGUGCGCUGAGAGCGAUGCUGAACGAGACGAAUGGGUGGAGACAUUGUUGCACUACAUUGACGAGAGACUUGAAGAUCCCAAGUUGCAAUACCCUGUAGGGAUUCAUUCUCCACUGACAAAGGAGGCCAAGAUUCUUCAACGACCUGGAGGCGAUGACGGAGAGUCGAAAUUGGCUGGAAGUCCGUCAUUCAACGAAGCUAACAGCGACACGCCUUCACCGUCCAAUGCCUCUGCCAGCACGUUUGAAGGUGCUCAAGAGCCUGGAUCGACCACCAAACCAUUCACUAUCUCAGGCCCAAUGAAUGGAGCGGUCAUUUCGGAUGUCGGGCUUUGGGGCAACAAGGCAGCAGGACAUGGCGGCAGCAAGGAGCGGGAGCAGAAGAAACGCAACAUUUUUCACUUCAGGAAGGCUUCUCAUGAGCAUCUCGGCCAAGGUGGUCAGGCAGUUCAACCCAAGCGACCAGAGGCUGCCACGCGCCGAGGCGGCCAUGUGCGACCAGUGUUCGGGAUGCAGCUUCAAGAAGCAGUUGAAUACUAUUCACCGAUUGGCGUGGAUGUGUUUCUUCCUGCUGUCGUCUAUCGCAGCAUUGAAUUCCUGCGGGCGAAGAAGGCUUCCAAUGAGGAAGGAUUAUUCCGGCUCAGCGGAUCGAAUAUUGUGGUCCGACAGCUCAAAGAUCGGUUCAAUACUGAAGGCGACGUGGACUUGUUGACAGAUGAAGAAGAUUAUGAUGUCCACGCUGUCGCAUCGCUUUUCAAGACCUACCUCCGAGAAUUACCGUCCACCCUUCUAACCAGAGAGCUGCACUUGGAAUUCCUCAAGGUGCUCGAGCUAAAUGACAAGGCGCAAAAGAUCGCGACCUUCAACACGCUGGUGCAUCAAUUGCCGGCCGUGAAUUACUCGCUCCUGCGAACCUUAUCGCAGUACCUGCUUGAGGUAGUACAGAACGCUGACCGGAACAAAAUGAGCGUCAAGAACGUGGGGAUCGUGUUCUCGCCGACUCUCAAUAUUCCAGCACCUGUGUUUGCCACGUUCCUCACCGACUUUGGGGCGAUCUUUGACGACCCUAGCGAUCAGGAGUCCAUUCGCUCGGCCGAAAAUGAACGCGAAGGAGCCUUGACGCCCGAAGACAUCCGUUCGCCACGUCGUCAAAUGUUCUCCGACCUCCCAACACCGCUCUACAAUCAGACCAGUUUCUCACAGAACUCAGCAACACUGCCGGCAACGUCGGGGAGUGGCGGGCCACUCGAGCAACAUCUGUUAGAUGCCACCACCGACAUCGGAUUUGCACCCGUCCAACAAUCGUACGAGACCAGAAGCUACGUUUCGAUACCACAGGAGAUGCCGACUCAGCCUCGCUACCCACCACCACAACCUGUACAAGGGGACAACAAGUACGGAGGGGUCAACAAUAUGUUGGCGCCAGAUAAUGCCGCCAGUUUGAAGGCAAGGCGGCGGGAGAGCUCCAUGUUGUUCAUGUGA